AUGGGAAAGCGCAAGCAGCUCAAGGAUGGCGACGUGAUUAUGGGGGGUGCUGACCCGACCGUCGAGGGUGAUGAGUCUGAUGAGGAGAUGGACAUUGUGAAUGUCGACUUUGAAUGGUUCGAUCCUCAGCCCGCGGUGGAUUUUCACGGCCUCAAGAAUCUCCUUCGUCAGUUGUUCGACGCCGAUGCCCAGGACUUCGACAUCUCUGCCUUGGCCGACUUGAUCCUGUCGCAGCCACUGCUGGGGUCAACAGUCAAGGUCGAUGGCAACGAGUCCGAUCCAUAUGCUUUCCUCACAGUCCUCAACCUCCAAGAACACCAAGACAAGCCUGUGAUCCAGCAAUUGGGCUCCUACGUCCAGCGCAAAGCCUCAUCCGUUCCCUCCCUCGCGCCGCUGGCGACUCUCCUUUCGCAGACUCCUGUUCCACCCGUGGGUUUGAUCCUGACUGAGAGAUUGAUCAACAUGCCCUCUGAGGUUGUUCCGCCGAUGUACGGCAUGCUCCAGGAAGAAAUCGCCUGGGCCAUUGAGGAGAAGGAGCCGUACAACUUCUCGCAUUACCUGAUCGUGUCGAAGGGCUACGAGGAGGUCGAGUCGAAAUUGGAUAUGGAGGAUGCGCGUCCGAACAAGAAGAAUAAAAAGUCGGGCAAUAAGGUGGAGCAGUUCUAUUUCCACCCCGAAGACGAGGUAUUACAACGUCAUGCGCAAUGCUAUGGCUCGUAUGAGUACACACAUGAGCGCGACGAAGGACACUCAGAUUCGAAACGGGCUUUCCAGGAGCUGGGCGUCAAGACGACUGGAAGCCUACUGUUGAUUGACGCUUCCAAGUUUGAAGAUGCUGUGAAAGAUAUCACUGGAUACCUCAAGCCUCCUGUGUAA